AUGCAGCAGCGGGCCCCGGUGCUGACUUUGAAGCUCCGCGGCCUGCGCACGGGACGCACUAUGGAGCGCAACGUGCCGGGGAACCAGAAGCUCACCCUUGCAGAGGUGGACACCCGCGAGGCUCAGUACCUGUACAGCGACGGUGACCUCUACUACUUCAUGGACACCAGCACCUUCGACCAGCACCCCCUCACCACCGACAGGCUGGGAGACGCCCUCCUGUACAUCAAGGAGCAGGACCAGGUGGAGUUGGUUUUAUACAAGGGAGACCCCAUAUCCGUGGAGCUGCCCACGUUCGUUGAACUUCGGGUGGAGGACACCCCUCCGGCGGUGAAGGGCAACACGGCCCAAGGGAGCACCAAGCCCGCCAAACUGGAGACUGGGUUGGACGUGCAGGUGCCCUUCUUCGUAAAUGUGGGCGAUGCGGUGAGGAUAGACACUCGCUCGGGGGAGUAUCUUGAAAGGGACUCGCUGGAAGCCGACUUCUUCCUGAACGACCUGUGGAUGCGCGGCGAGGUCUCCAACCUGACGCGCUCGGCGGCGGGCCACUUCUACUUCACACUCAAGGACUCAGCCAGCCAGGUCCGGUGCGUCAUGUUCCGCCCUGCUCACGGCGGCGAGCACCUGGCCGAGGGCGGAGCCGUCAUCGCUCACGGACGCGUUUCGCUCUACGAGGUCCGGGGAGACCUGCAGCUCAUUGCAGACCUGGCCCAGCCGGAGGGCGUUGGCGAGCUGCACCUGGAGCUGGAGCGCCUCAAAGUGAAGCUGGAGGCCGAGGGCCUGUUCCAGGUCUCCCGCAAGAGACCACUUCCCGUCUUCCCCAAGCGCAUCGGAGUGGCGACGUCUCCCACCGGCGCGGUCUGGCACGACAUCCAGAACAUCAUACGGCGUAGAUACCCCAUGGUGGGCGACGCGGCGGCCGGGGGAAUUGUAGACGCCUUUGACGCCCUCAACGCUGAGGAUGACAUAGACCUGGUCAUCCUGGCACGCGGCGGAGGGUCGCUUGAAGACCUGUGGCCCUUCAACGAGGAGACGGUCGCCAGAGCCAUCUACGCAAGCCGCGCUCCCGUUAUCAGCGCCGUGGGCCACGAGACGGACUUCACAAUAGCAGACAUGGUGGCCGACUGCCGCGCUCCCACUCCCUCGGCUGCUGCGGAGCUGGCGGCGCCGGACCAGGACGAGCUUCUUGAG